GCCCCUCACUGGGGUUGCUUGCGUCACAACGCCGAGAUCAUCGAGCGGGUUGAGGGGAAGCUGCACGAGCAGUGCCGACACUACAUCAAGCUGCUUCGCGAAACAUGCCACGAACUGGCACUGACGCACGGCAAGAUGGAGCAAGCGCUGCUCCCUCUUCGCACGACUCUGCGACUCGCCGCGGCUAAAGGAGACGAGAUGAUGGGCCAAGCGCCCGUCACCAACACCCUCACCCUCGCUCAGGCUGUCUCGCUGGCUGAGGAGCUCGUGGAGAUGUACGCGAAGGAUCUGCACCUCAAGCGGCUCAUUGUGGACGACGUGGUAGCCCAAGCCAACCGGGACGUGCUCAUUGUCUACCUCACGUCGUGGGAAAUGAUGCCCUACGUGGACAAGCGGCGGCAGAGCGAGCUGUUCGACAUGCUCACCCCACCGGCGCCUCUCUUCCAUCCCAACUCUUCGCCCUCUCCGAACGCCACACCACCGCGAUUGUCUUCCUCGUCCUAUGAAGACGACGAUCCCUACGCCUGA